GGCGGCGGCCGCCGGCCGUUCGCAGCGGUGCCCCGCGCCCCCCUCCCCGAGCAUGCACUGCCUGCCCGGGCUGGUGCCGGCGCUCAGCUCGCUGCUGGGCGCCCUGGCGCUGCUGCAGCUCUCGCUGUACCUGCGGGUGCCGUCCCGCUACGGGAAGCACGAGGAGCGGCUGUGCCGGCCGCGGGGCCGGCUGCCGGCUCGCUGCGCCUGGUUCGUGCAGGAGCUGCCCUCCUUCCUGGUGCCCGCGCUGCUGCUGGCGCUGCGCAGCCCGCCCCGCCUCGAGCCGCUCGGCUGCCGCCUCCUCUGCUGCCUCUUCUGCUGGCACUACUUCUACAGGACAUUUAUUUACCCCUUCUUCACUAGAGGCAGACCUUUCCCACUGCAAUUGCUUUUCUUUGGCACGUUAUUCUGUAUCUAUAAUGGCUUCCUCCAGGGGUACUACCUGAUUUACUGCGCUGAAUAUCCAAACGAUUGGUGCACUGACAUCAGAUUUACAUCAGGCCUUCUCUUAUUUCUGCUGGGGAUGGGAAUCAACAUUCACAGUGAUCUCCUGCUGCGCCAGCUGAGGAAACCUGGGGAAGUUACUUACAAGAUUCCUCAAGGGGGCCUGUUCACCUAUGUUUCUGGAGCCAACUACUUUGGAGAAAUUGUGGAGUGGUUUGGUUUUGCCAUCGCAACCUGGUCCCUACCAGCCUUCGCCUUUGCCUUUUUUACUCUUUGCUGCAUUGGGCCACGUGCUUAUCACCAUCACAGGUACUAUCUCAAGACAUUUACGGACUAUCCAAAAUCAAGGAAAGCCUUGAUUCCUUUUGUUUUUUAAUGAUUGAAAUAUGGACACUGUGUUCUGUUUUUAUAGGGCUUUUUUUUUUUCCUAGUAUUAAAGUUAGGUCUGAUUAUAAAUAAUUGUACAAAUGGUAACCUGCGGUUGUAAGAAGCAAGCAGGUCAUUUGGAACUGAAGUUCUUUUUUUAAUUAUGGGAGAAACUGCAGGUAGCUGUGGGCAUAGGGACUUCCCAAGCAAUGCACUUGCUUUUCUGUGGAGUUCUACUUGUGGAAAACGGGUAUGACUCCACUGAAAUCAGAGAGAAAGCACUGGCCAAAAGCUGAUGAAGAAAAGUAGAAACUAAGCCCAUGACUUCAGGUGAAAGUCCUCAGCAGCCACCCCAAUCUGCAGCCCUUCCAGAGCUGCUUCUUCCUGCCCCCAUGCCAUAGCGCAUGCGCCCUCGUGCUGCCAGCACUGCCCUCGGUGUUCCCACAAUUUACACUGCAGCAGGGGUCUCCUUUGUCAAGAAAAUAACUCAGCCCAUUACUUUGCAUCUAAAAGCGAGGUUAGCUCCCAGAGCCACAACGCAAAAAGAGGACACCUGUACCAGCACAAGGCUGGAGCAGGGUGCCAUGGCACAGAGGCACCGUGAAAUAUGUGGAGAUGCAAGCACCUUAAGCUGGCACUCACAAGCAUGUCUGUGUUACUUCCUUAAGCAAUGCCCUCCUCACUGCCAGAUGAUUAAUCUUUAGCCACCGGGAGUUUUUUUUUUUAAAUGUACUUUGUUAAAGCUGUUGCAGCGACAUUAGGACUUUUGUUUCCCCUUUGGCAAAUCCAGAGACCUUUUCAGAAUAAAAACUUUGUCCACUCAAAACCACUCAAUUUUUAGUCAUAAAAAUAACUUGAGAUGGUGAUGUGUGACAAAAAAAUACAACAAAUAAAAAGCUCUGGGUUGAAGAAAAUGUUCUCUGACACUGGCAGUACAUUUUGUCUAAGAGGAACAUUUUCAGAUACUCCUAUUAGGAAAUGAUACAGAGAUAUUGAAUUUCCACAAAGACACAGUAUGUCUUUUCAUAAUUUCAGAAUAUAGUUAGGAAUUUUCCAAAAAAUGUCAAUAGGAACAGAUGUCCCAGAGGAUGCUGAUAGUUUAGUUACUCUUUAAAGCAUAAAAUCCUGCUGAGAAUUAUGCUGAGUAGCUGGAAAGAAAAAGACCAGACCACACAUACUAAACGUAUUACAUACUGCUGGAGUAACCUGAUUGACUGUAUGCAAUUUUCUCCAAAACACAAUAAA